ACCGGUUGACCUUCCAUGGACCACAUUUGUCAGCCACCAGCAGGGAACUUUGGACUCGUUCCUGAGAGGCCUCUGGGCCGGGCCGACCUGGGGAGGUAUAAAAGAGCGGUACCUGCAUGGGGAGCCAGUCUCGGUCAGAAAACAAGGCUCAUCAGACCUGAGGGACAGAGCGUCACCGUGCCCACUAUGGGGGACUUCUGGCUCUGCCUCCUGCUGCUGCUGAGCACCCAGGCCUUGGCCCAACAAGGCAGUGAUCAAGAUGAAAGCCCAACAUGUCUGUUGGCAUCAAGGUUCAGAAACUUUAAGAAAUAUGUGUACCGGUAUGAGGCAGAGAGCAAGAACGGGGUGGAUGGCACUGCAAACCUGAAGAAUGGUCCAAAAGUCACCUGUAAGGUCGAUCUGGAGGUGCCCCAGGCGUGUAACUUCAUCAUGCGCACCAGCGAGUGCUCCCUGAGCGAGGUGUCCGUCAUCGACGCCCAGGGUCAGCCCGUGUACCGGCCUGCUGUGGGCUCCGAUGCCUUCCGGGUCGCCAUGGAGAAGUAUCCCCUGAAGUUUGCGGUUGAACAGCUAACAGAGGUGAAGCUCAACACUGACCAAUCAGAGCCUGCCAACAUCCUUAACAUAAAGAGGGGCAUCAUCUCUGCCCUGAUGGCCCCUGUUGAGGAAGAGGAGGAGGAAAACCCCAAGUAUAUGGCUACCUUGCAUGGUCUAUGCAAGACAAAUGUCGAUGCUGAAAACAGGGCGGACGUCACCUCCGUCUUCCUCACUAGAGACUUGUCUGAGUGUGACCACUUCAACCCCAUGAGUGACUCCACCAGUCCCCUGGCACUCAUCUCAGGCAUGAAUGUUCCUCUCUCCAAGCUCAUCAGAAGCACACAGACCUGCUCCUACCGCUUCGAAAACAAGAGGAAGUCCAUGAUGGAAGCCACCUGCAUGGAGAAACAUAUCUUCCUGCCUUUUUCACACAAUAACACAUAUGGGAUCACUUCCGAAAUAGUACAGAGUCUAAACCUGCAGGAAUCCUCCAAGACCAACAAUCGAUACAUCAGCUAUGAUGAGGCCAACUGGAAGCCGCUGUACAUGGAGUUUGCGGAGGACAAGGCCCCAGUCCAGACUAAGGAUGCUGUUCUGGCCGCCAUGAGAGACCUCAGUGGCCUGUCUCAGACCGAACAAGGCCAGCAGAGGCCCAGCCUCUUCCAGAAAUUGGUCUCUGAGCUCCGGGGCCUGAAGAAUGAGACCCUGGGCGCCGCUGUCCCUGAGAUGAUGCAGGUUUCCGGCUCGCUGACCUGGCAGGCGCUGGCCCAGUGUGGCACCCGCGAGUGCACCAGCGCCAUCCUGCAGAUCCUGAGAAACUCUGAUGAAGAGGCUGCCCCCAUAGCAGUGGAUGCUGCCGUCUACGCACUGAGCCUCAUACCUAAACCCUGCGGCUGCCGUGUGAGGGAUAUGCUCAGCAUGGCUCAGAACCGACAGAGCAAAGCCACCAUGUUCGGCCUGAGCAACGUCGUCAGGAAAUUGUACCAGAAUGAGAGAAAAGUUAUACCAGUGAUGACCGACGUGUCAGAAUUCAUGGCCUCCUUGCUAACUGGAGACUGCUCCGGUGACGAGGACAAGACCUACCUAACAUUGAGGGUCAUCGGUAACAUGGGAGGAGCCAUGGAGGCUGCCAAUCCUGCCCUGAAGUCAACCCUUCUGAGAUGCAUUAGACAACCUGCUGCUUCCCAGGCUGUCCAGCAGGCUGCCAUCCAGGCUUUCAGACAGAUGACUAUUGAUGAAGAGGUUAGCAGAGCUCUCCUGCAAACCUACCAGGAUGACCAAAGCCCCACCCAGAAACGCGUCGCUGCCUAUCUGAUACUGAUGAAGAAUACCGAGAUGGCUGACCUGAGACGGUUGCUGAGCACAUUGGAGACUGAGCAGAAUGAGCAGGUCAAGAGCUUCGUGGCUUCUCACGUCGUCAACAUCUUGAAUUCGGAGGAUGCCAAAUCUGAAAGGACAAGACAGAGGAUCACGGAGGCAUUGCAGGGCAAUGAAGUGUUUGCUCCUGUGGACUUUUCCAAGUCGUCUCGUAAUUACAAGAUCAGCCCUAUGCUAGCCUCAGUGGAGGGAAAUGUGCUUUUCGAUUCCACAGGCUACAUGCCCAAAGAAGUCAUGCUGGAGACGACCUUGAAGGCCUUUGGAUACAACCUUGACUUGAUUGAGGUUGGUAUGGAGGGGAAUGGAUUUGAACCAACAAUUGAUGCCCUGUUUGGAGAAAAUGGGUUCUUCCCAGACACUGCAUCAAAGGCCAUGUACUGGGCUGAGGAGAAGAUGCCAUCCAGAGUUAAUGAGUUUAUCAAAAAUUGGAUAGAUCCACUGAAGAAUGAGAGAAUGAAGAGACAGGUUCCCAGAAACGUCAUGAAUGAAAUAAGCCGAAACUUCAACAAGCUGCUAAAGACACUGAAGUCACAGAAGUCCCCCGAGUUCAUGUCCUACCUGAGGAUCAUGGGAAAUGAGCUGGGCUAUAUCAAGUCCAGUGACUUAGACGCAAUAGCCCGAAAUGCUGCUAUGUACUCUGAUGCCAUCUUGAGGCUCAUGCCCCUGGAGUUCUUUAAGUCUCUGGUGACCAGAACAGACAAUGAAUUAUUUGCUCACUAUAUCUUCAUGGACAAUGAAUUUGCUCUGCCAACUGCUGCUGGCUUCCCACUGAAGUUCUCACUGUCUGGAAUCUUCACCCCUGGAGCCAAGGGAGGCCUAAGCCUGAGGCCACUCACGCAGGAGCUUUCCUUCAUGCCCUCCAUGGGCGUGGAGUUUGUGACACAGAUGGGCAUCCACAUUCCUGAGUUUGUUGCGGCGGGCAUUGAAAUGCACACCAACUUGUACCAUGAGAGCUCCCUCAAUGCCAAGGUUACCGUACACAGCGACCAGAUCAAACUUGCCAUUCCAGCACCACAGGGCACUACCCAGCUCUUCAGCGUCAGCAACAGACUGCUGUCUGUGUCCACUGCACAGACCAAAAUAAUGCCCUCGAUGAUUGAGGACAGAACUGACCUGGUGGAGUGCAGCCCCCUCUUUACCGGGGUGAAGUACUGUGCCGUACUGCGCUACUCUAACGCUAGCUCCUCCGACGUGGCCCCCUACUACCCACUUACCGGAGAGACGCGAUUGGCCGUGGAGCUCCAGCCUUCGGGAGAGGUCACAGAGUACACAGCCACCCUGACGUAUGAGCUGCUAAGGGAGGGCAAGGAGGGCCGCCAUAAGGUGGAUGCCAUAAAGAUGGUGCUGAGUGCUGAAGGUGCUGAGUCUACUGAAGCAGUUGCCAUAGCUAAAUACAACAGGAACAAGAACAUUCUGACCACUGACAUUCAGAUCCCAAACUACGACGUGGAGGCUGGGAUCAGACUGUCGGUCUCUGAGAGCAACAUGAAGGGAAUGAAGACCCAAGCUGUCACGAUAGAUGUCACCAACAGAAAAAUCCCUCAGCUCACCAUAGUUGGCCGCUCCAGACUUGACAUGAUGAAGGAGGCUAUGGUGCAGUUCCAGGUGACUGUUCCUGCCCUGCAGACUGAUGCCACAGCCACUGCCACCCUGAAGCGCUCAGAUGGCAUGACACUGCAGCUGGAAACAGCUGUCAAAAUCCCAGAGACCACCUCCCUGCAGAGAAUGACCUUCAAACUAGAUGAGAAUCAGAUGGAGGUGGAGAUGACAUCUAAAAUGAAUUCCGAGAUCCAAAACCUCAUCCCUGAUCUGGAGGAGUACCUGAGAAAACUUGAGAAUUUUGCCUAUGAAGUAUUGGAUCAGAAGGUUGCCAAGACUGACAUGAAAUUGCGUCACAUUGUCUCUAAAACUAUUGAGGCAGGGAAUAUCUGGCUGGACAAAAUGGCUGUAGGCAUCCCCUAUAUGAAGAACAUGAGGAACAAGAGGAACAUCCCAGAGAUCAACUUUCCUUCUCUGCCUGAGACACUGUUCCUGACAUAUGAAAGCUCCUUCAGAUACCAGUUCAACAAGGACAGAGUCACAGUGACUGUCCCUCUGCCACUGGGUGGAAAAUCCUCAAAAGAUUUAAACAUCCCCCCAAGUGUGACCAUUCCUGAAGUGAAAGACCAGGAAUUGGAGUGGAUGCCCAAGACAAUCAUCCCCAUACCCUUUUUUACCAUCCCCCACAACUAUGAGCUCAGUGUGCCACUCCUGGGAAUGGCGGAAGCAACUGCCAAGAUGACCAGCAACUACUACAACUGGGAGGGAUCAAUUUCUGGGGGCAAUGACACAGUGGACACCCCCAGCUACAUAGCCAAGUUCAAAGUCAAGGCUGACAGCCCCAUUGAGAUCUUCUCUUAUGAUACUGAAGGUAUAGCGGCAAUCAGUGGCACAGUGAAAUCUCUGAAGUUCUCUGCGAUGACUUCCCUUAAACAUAGCCUUAUAAAUUCUCAGUUCAACCUCAUGGAAUCUGUGACAACACAAGGAGACAGAACUUCUGCAACAUCAAGCUCAAACUUUAGGGUAUUCAGCCCCAUGGGCCUUAAUACCUCAUUAUUGAUGUCUGCUCAGGCUGCUAAUGAGAACCUUGAUUUCACCAUUAACACCAACAUAGAUGGUACCUUCCAAUUGGGUUCACUGUAUGCCAACACAGUCUACAUUGAAUCCUAUGUGGUGGACAUUGGCAGGAAAACCAUAAAAAGAGAUUCAUCACUUAAUUUGGACUCCAUACUUCUCGGGGUUUCAAACAUAAUCAAGGGAUCUUAUAUAGAUGGAGACGUGUCAGUCGUGUCUGACACUAAUGUGAAUCAUGAUGCUCUGAAGCAUAAAGGAGAACUUAAAUACAAGGAUGGCCUCCUGACCCUGAAGUCAAAUGCUGUAACUGAAGCCCUUGGGCAGGAACUUAGCAGCAAUGCAGAACUGAAGAUUUCUGGUGAAGGUGGAAUCAUCCGAGUGGAGACCAAAGCUGGUGAUGCCAAAAACAGAGCCUACUCCCUCCUCUCUGGUUCUGUGAACUCCCAAGGCAUGGAGAUCAAUUCUGAUGGUAGCAUCACGUUUGAUGUUACCCGUGGGACGCACAAGGCUACGCUGAUGAUCGGAAGCAAUGGCUUAGAAACUUCAGGCACCACCACACUACAGCUUAAGCCCUUAACUUUUGAAAACCAGUUCCAUAGCACAGUCGAUAGCUCUGGGGCAGUUUUGUCCAUCACAUCAAAAGGAAGCAUCCACCAGAACAGAGCUACGCUCCAGAUUGAAGGGAAAGCUGGUGUUAGUGAAGCCUAUCUGAACAGUGUUUAUGAAGGCAACCUGUUUGAUGCAAGCUCCCGGAAUAUAAUGAAUAUGAGGGUGAACAAGCAGGGACUGACUAUGACAAAUAACCUCAUGGCAUCUGUGCGAAAAAUGAAAACUGAACAUACGCAUAGUCUGACACUGAACCUCUGGCGUUUAUCCCUGCAGUCCAAAACAGACAACUUUAUCUGUGAUAGCACAUCCUACAAGCAUGAUAUAAAGUUUGACAUGGAACCCUUCAUUGCAACAGUAAAUAUGAACAAUGACCUCAGGCUCAUGGACGUUGAGUUCACCAACAACGGCUUGUUCAAAGUUGAGCCUUACAAGAUUGAUCUGACUGGCAAACUAAGGGGAGCCUUUGGAGAGGACCAGGAGGUCAAACACACUUAUGAAAUUGGCUAUGGUGGACUGGAAGGAAAACUAAAAUGUAGUACCACUGGAAAAAUCCUAGGAGCUCAGAUGAGCCACAAUGUUGAUCUGGAGGUAGUUGGUCUUUCCUCUAAAUUCAUUAGUGAGGCUCGCUUCAAGUCUAGCUCUCUCCAGCUCAACAGCAACCUCCGUACCCUUGCAGUGCCAUUCAGCUUCAACGUAGAUGCUCUCCUCAAUGGUGAUGGUGAGUUGAACCUGUAUGGAAAACACAGUGGCCAGCUGUACAGCAAGUUCCUUUUGAAAGCAGAACCUCUAGCUUUCGCCUACUCUCAUGAACACCGAGCCUCAAGUAACCAUAUGAUUGGUGGUGGUGCACCUGUAAAGACAGAAUUUGACAACAAGGUUAAUGGGCUCUUGACUCCCAAUGAGCAAUCUGCCACAUGGAGGAUAAAAUCCAAACUCAACAACUACGGCUAUAGUCAGGAUUUGAGUGCCUACAAUAAUGCAGAAAGGAUUGGAGUUGAACUUUCAGGAACCAUGCUCAGAGGGGUAGCUGGAGAGCAACAGAACCAAGAGUGCAGUGUGUCUGGCUUCUUGAAGUACGACAAAAAUGGAAAUUUUCAUAUCAUCGAGCUGCCUUUCAUUGAAAGCUUUCCUGCUGCUUUUGAUGAAUUCAAAGCCACCAUUCUGAAUGUUCUUCAAUCCGUUCAGUAUUACAUCAACAGCUUAGAUGUCAACCGCCUGGCUGGUGAAUUUAGAGCCAACUUGGACAAAUUGCCACAGCAAUUUAACAACUACAUGCAGAAAAUGGACCUGGAAAACAAGGUGGCUGAGACUAAGAAGCAGCUUGCAGCUCUGACUCAGAAGUAUAUAAUUACACUGGAAGACCUGGAAGAUUCCUUAGAGAACCUGAAGGUGUCCUUUGCACAAACCCUGACUGAGCUGCAAAUUAGAAUCAGAGACUUUCUAGUCAUGGUGAAAGAAUAUAUUGGAAGUGGAGCCUGGUCAGAUGCUCUCAUGCAGGUUGGAAACAAGCUAAGGGACUUCGAUGAGAGAACUGGAAUCUCUAAAUCAAUUAUCAAUGCUAUCAAUGCUUUGGAAGACAACAUUAGGCAGUUUGAUCUGAAUAACCUGAAGGACAGCAGCAUUGCCUGGCUGCAGGAUCUUGAUGCUCAGUAUGAUAUUAAAUUUAAGGUUCAGAGGCAAGUAAGUGAACUGAAACAAAUGUUAUUCAACUUUGAUAUUAUGAAAUUCAUUCAAAACCUGAAGGACUAUGUCUCUUCACUUAAAGUAAAUGAAUACCUGGGUCAGCUGUCAUUUCAAAUUCCUGCUGAGGAAAUCACUGCAAUUGUUGACUCCAUGAAAGAUGUAAUAGUUAACUGGAUUGAGGAAUAUCAAAUUGUCGAGAAGAUUAAUGUGGUGUACUCUCAGGUGAGGGAUCUAAUUCUCAAGUAUGAGCUUGACAAGAAAAUCAAGGUGGUCAUGGACCGAGGACUAGAACUUUUCAAGAAAUACAAUGCCCAAAAGACACUGCAGUCGAUAGUUGAUACUCUAAAAUCUGUUGAUUUCCAAUAUUUGCCUGACAAAUUAAUGCAAAUACUCGAUAAAGCAGUAGAACAACUGGAAGCAGCUGACUUCAAGCAAUUAAUUGACAAGCUUAAUGAGUACAUAUCGGUAAUUGUUGAAAAAAUUCAGGAAUUUGACUAUAGUGCGUUCAUUGACACCAUGAACCAGAAAAUAAAUGCAAUGACAAGGAGUUUGAAUGAACAUCUACAAGCUUAUGAGAUCCCACAGAAAAUCGAAGCCACUCGCAAAUUUAUGAGACACCUCCAAACCUCCACUGUGAACUACUUGAAUAAACUGAAAGACACGAGGGUUGCAGAGAUAGUCUUAAUGGUCCAGGAUAUUAUUGACGCUACAGCUUUCAGUGACAUCAAGAUAAAGCUGCAGGACUACCUCAAAGACCUUCGGGAGAGAAUUGGUAGCAUGGAUAUCAGGAGGGAAAUUCGUUUCUACCUUGGAAGAGCAAUUGAAUCCUACAGAAACAUGGUCAGCUACAUCACCUCUCAGGUGAAUAAACUGAUUGCGGAAAUCCGCAAAUUGGCUGAACACCAAGAAAUCCUUGAUGAAAUUCAGCAGGCUUUUGAGCAGUAUGCGAACACACUGAAGGCACUGCAGUUUGAAAUCCCUUCAUUCACUGUUCCUCUCACUAAUCUUGUUGUGCCCCAUGUUCAGAUCAAUAUAGAAAAGCUGCAGGAGAUCACAAUUCCGAAAAAGAUCUCUAUCCCUGAGUUCACUAUUCUUGAUUCCUAUACCAUACCUUCUUUCACCAUUGACUUCGAGGAAAUCAAGAAAGUACUAAUAUCCUUCAUUGACAACAUCAGAAACAUGGAAAUUACAUUCCCCAGUCCCAGUGAUCUGUUUGGAGACCUCAAACUGAUAUACUUGCCAGACCUGCCUGACCUAACGUUUCCAGAGAUUACCAUUUCAGAAAUCGGGUUUCCAGAGAUGACCAUCCCAAAACUGAAUCUGGAAAAUUUUAAUAUCACUAUGCUCUCGAUUCCUGAGAUUAAAAUGCCAAGAAUCCCCAGUGAAGUCGAAGUACCUGCUUUUGGUAAACUCUACAGUGAGUUCAAAGUCAGCUGUCCACACUACAAACUCCAAACUACAGCAGUUCUCCAAAACACAACAAGCAGUUCGAGGAACCCACGAUUCACUGCUACAUUUGCUUCCCAAAUGGAAUCAAUUAUGGAUUACCUAGCGUAUGCUCUCGAUGCUACUGCCCAGAUAGAAGCCCCUGAAAUGAGAAGCCUGGUACUCAGUGAAACCUUAAAAUUUAACCAUAAAGCCUUCAACGUUGACCACCAGGGCUCAGUCACCCUUGGUGCCACCUCACCACAAGCUAAAGCUGUAACUAAGGCUAAAGUUUCCACAGAAAUGUACACCAGUGACAUUGUCAACAACAUGAAUGUAGUCUUGGAGAGUGGAAUUUCUGCAUCAAUGAAUACCACCUAUAAGCAUACCCUGAAUAUCCCAUCUGCCGAAAUCUCUAGCCAGGUUAGUUUUACCCAUAAAGCAGGUGCAACUUUUGAGUCUGGUACCAUUUCUUUGACAGCUGGAACCACUGGCAAUGGAAAGUGGUCUAUUUUGGAUUAUACCGAUGAUGGCAGCCACAAGAGCAAUCUUGAGUUCACCCUUGACAUCAAUACGGCAAGACUCAAAUUUACUGGGGACACCAACAGCAAAGCUCUGAAAAUGAAGCAAAUUGUAAAUGCUGAAUCCGCCAUUUUCAGCUACAUAACUGUCGAUGUUCAAGUGGAGACAGAAGCUCCUUUUAUUAAAGGCAGUGUUUUAUCAUUGAAUGGAAAGGCUGAUGUGGAAUUACUGGAAAUCAAAUUGACAGCUUCCCAUAACAGUGAACUCACUGGCAGAGUUAGUGGAACCAUGUCCAACUCCAUAGACUUUGUUGCUCACCCUUUUGAAGUCAUUCUUGAUACCAAAAAUAAGGGAAAUGGCAAGAUAAUUUUACCCCUGAAACUGACUGGAAAAAUUGAUCUACAGAACAACUAUUUUGUCCUCCUCAAUUCAAACAAGCAGUCUGUUAGCUGGGGGGCCUUAGCCCGAUUCAAUCAAUACAAGUACAGCCACAACUUCCGUGUGGAGAACAAUGAGAAAGACAUUGGGGCCUAUGCAGAAAUGACUGGUGAGGCUAACCUCGAUUUCCUGACUGUACCUCUCAGCAUCCCUGAAACGAAUGUGCCUUAUACUGAAAUGAGAAUCCCACAGAUUAGGAGAUUCUCCCUGUGGGAGGACAUGGGCCUGAAGAAGCUCCUGGCUACUACCUUGCAGUCAUUUGAUAUGGCUUUCAGGCUCCAAUACCAAAAGAAUCCUGAGAUGCAUGCCUUUGAUAUUGACCUAACACCGCUCUUUAGUGCCAUCAAUGAAAAUUCCAAGAUACUCAAUGCACAGUUUGAGCAGGGAAGAGACAAGGCCAUCCGUCUGCUGACCGACUCGUAUAACCAGGCUAAGACACAGCUGGAAAAGCACAAAGCUGUCAGAUCAGCUCUGCCGGCCAAGACGCUCACUAUCCCUGGAUACACCAUCCCUAUCUUGAACAUUGAAGUUUCUCCAUUCACAGCUGAAUUGCCAGCAUUCAGGCUCAUCCUCCCCAAGGAGAUCACCACACCUAACUUUAAGGUGCCAAUGAUGGGCUUCUCAAUCCCUUCGUACACUCUUGUAAUACCCGUUCCAGAGCUGCCAGUGUUAAAUGUGCCUAAAACCCUCAGACGACUCUCCUUGCCCAUAAUUACUCUGCCAGUCACACAAAACACAAUUAUGAUUCCUGCCAUGGGCAAUAUUACCUAUGAUUUCUCAUUCAAGUCCUCUGUGGUCACUUUGAAUGCUAAUGCUGGUCUGUAUAAUCAGUCUGACAUUGUGGUCAAAUUUGGAGCUUCCUCAAGUUCUAUUUUUGAUAUCCUCAAAAGCAAACUAGAGGGAACUACCAGCUUGACAAGAAAACGAGGAUAUAAGCUAGCCACCACUCUGUCUCUGGAAAACAUUUUGGUUCAGGUCAACUACAAUACCAUAAUGAGCCUCAUCAAGAGAAAUACAGAAGCAUCCAUUAUGACCACUGCCAAGGCCAGCCUGUUGAUGUUAAACCUAGAAUUAAAUCACGAACUCAAAGGAAACACUAAGACUAAACCAAAUGUGGUCUCCAAGGUAAGCGUGACAUAUGACUUUGGUGGACAAGAUGUUUAUGGCAAGUGUAGUAUUGAAAAUAGCCUCCAUCUGGAAGGAUUGCCAUCUGCCAUCUCUUUGGAAACUUCUACCAAGGGAAUGAUUAAUGGAACUAUACCAUUUGGUGGAUUCAUUGCAACCUUUAACAAAGAAGGUAACGUCUACCUGAAUGCUAAUGGCCUGCGAUCUACAAUAAACGCUGACAUGGACUCAAAAGUACAAUACGAGACACCUAAUGUGUACAUAAACAUGCAUGCAGACAUGAAUAAAAAUCUGGCUUUGGAGGCAUCUCUACGCAGAGUAUAUGCUACAUUGACCAUCAAAGGCAACAAUAACGCUGAUGUUAGACCUUUCAGUACCAACGGCAAGCAUAGUGCCAAAGCAACCUUUGAAUUUGUUCCACUGAAGACCCUUGCAGGUAGUGUGCAGAUUGAUAUGUCCCAGCCCAGCAACAUCGGUGAGGCAAGUGUGCAUGAGAACAUUAAAUUUAUUGCCAUGCCAGAGAAACAAAUGUUCAGCUGGAGUGGCAGGGAGCAGCUGGCAUCUGCUGUCCAUGCUGGUGAUCAUCUGCUAUCAAACGACGAGACUGAAAUCCGACUGGAGUGGACAGAGUCAGUAGAGGGCUACCUUGCUUUCUUGAAGACCAUAAAGCUGCCUAUUUACCAGAAAAACCUGUGGGAUGUACUCAAGUUCGAUAUGACCACUAAUGAGGACAAGCUACAGUUCCUUAAUGCCUCCUCAGUUGUGAUAUACACCAAGAAUAAGGAAGGAUUCCUCUUUGCCCUGCCCAGUGAAGUCUUCGAGAAUGGUAUUGUUUUUAAUAUACCUGAAAUCACCUUGACGGUCCCCAAAUGGGUUAGGGACAUUCCUCAAAACAUCAGGGACAUUGACAUGCGUUACGACGGAAUGAAUUUCCCUGAGCAGAUGAGUAUUCCACCUGUCAUCAUUCCCACUUUUGAAGUACCCUUUACCACCUUGCAAAUUCCAUCCUUCGUCAUUGACCUAAGGACCCUUGUAAUUCCGACAGUGAUUGAGAUUCCUGAAUUUGAUGUCAACUUGCCAGGCCUGCCCAAAGUGAAUGUGCCAAGCAUCAGCAUUAAUACAGAGUAUCUGAAGAACAGGAUGUCAUCAUUAGCAGUGAAGCUGCCAAAAUAUGAAAUUACCAUCUCACCCUUCAGCCUGCCAAAGUCCAUGACAGCCCGCCUGGAUGACAUUGAACACCAAAUCUCCAACUUCGAGCUGCCUUCCAUCACAAUCCCAGAGCAGAAGAUUGAAAUUCCCGAGAUUACUCUCAACUUUCCAUUUGGGAUUUUUAUUCCAUACUUUGGCUCCCUGUCUACAACUGCAAAGGUGUCUUCUCCCAUUUACAACAUCCAAUGGGCUGUUGAACUAGAGAACAAAGCUCCUGCCUUUGUCACCUCACUGAAGUCUUCCUGCACAUCCACUAUGGUCUUCCUGGAAUACGAGCUGGAUGCAAUUGCAAGCACUCAGUUUGAAAAUGGGGCCGUGAGCAUAACUGGCAAAGGGACCCUCUCUCACAAAGAUCUGCGCAUGGAUUGGCAACAAGCAUUCAUGCAGACCUUGAGGAUGAAACAACGGAUUUCUCGGGAUGCAAGUGCCUCUGACCACACUCUGAAUGUGGAUAUCGCCAGUACAACAUUCACUGAUGUCAGCCUUCGCUACGCAUCCCGCAAAGACAGCGUUAGUGCUUCCAUAUCUUCUCCAUCCUCUGGGUUCCUUGGCAUCCUCGUCCAGAAGAAGACUCCGUCACAGGUGUUGGGGAAGCUUUACAGUCGCUACCCGUCUGCUCCUGAGAAGGAUAUGGACAUCCUUAGCAUGAAGGCAACCUUGAAGAACUCGGAGAAACUCAACCUACAGACUACUUGGAACACCCAAGUUACAUAUGACAUGCUUGGUGGCCUGAGGGACAGAGUGCCAGCUAUCACGUCCUCACUGUACAAGUUCGCAAACAAGUACCACAAUGCCCACUUUGGCAUGGACCUGAACCGUGCCUCUUUGAAGCUAAAGAACACAGUGUCCAGUUCCAUCGAGAGAGCCUACCAGGAGAUACCAAGGAACCUUGACACAUUGCGGAACGAGAUUGAGAAUAUCAGGGACCAAAGCAAGGUGAUAUACAAGAGGGCAGUUGACAGUAUCCCGGCUGCAGAUUUCCAGAAAGUUAGUGAUGACCUAACUCGCUUCAUCAGGCAACUUCUCCGGCAAUAUCAGAAGAAUGUCAAACUUAUGUUGGAUGCAGUCAUGAAAUUCCUGAGCAAGACUAAGUUUCAGCUGCCGGGGAUCAAGGAGAAGCUCACUGGAGAAGAACUGUUCCAGAGGGCCAGCCGCUCCAUUGUUAGGGUGGCUGAACAGUCAAACCAGAUGAUUUACAGCUUCAUAGAGUCUAACGCAGAUGUCUUCAUCAGUCAGGUAAAUAACAUUGAAUUCACAGUUCCUAGUACUAACUACGUCAUAAGUGGAAGGAAUAUUGUGGAAAACGUGAAAUAUGCAAUGAAAAAUAUGCAGAAUAACAUUAUAUACAUGGUGAGGACCCUGGAGAACAUCAGACUUGAAGACAUUCUGGAGAAACUGAAGACUUUCCUACAACUGUGCAUUCAAAAGGUGGAUGAUGUAGUGGUCUCCUUGAAGACCCAAGGUCUGGAUGAGCUCUCUGCCAGCUUUAAUAGCAUCAUCGCAAAGGCCCGCAAUGUGCAAUUCAUGCAAACACUUGGUGCGCAGUUUGAGGAGGUCAAGAAGGUGGCAGCGGGGUAUAAAGACCAAGCCAAAAUGACAAUCCAGGAGGUCUAUUCUGAGGUGAACAUGGAGCGCCUGAACACCAAGCUCCAGCUGUGGAUUGAUGAUGUACGGUCAAACCUGAAUGCAUUUUUCAACAAACUCAUCCAGCUCUUGCAGGACGUCUCCAAGAGUGUGCAGCCUUACAUGAGAGCUAGCAACAGAAAAGCGGACAUUGACAUCCCUCUUCCAUUUUUCUGGAGAUCCUUUAGUGAUUGGCCCACAACAAGCUAACUGUGAGGGCUUGCGAAACACUACCGAGUUUGGAGGAAAGUAAAGAUCUGUAACAGAAAUGCCUGAAAUUUGAGGAUAAAUAAAAAUGAAAAAGGACCAUUGUUAUUUCAUGGAAUCUUUGACAAUGUAUUUAAAGCUGUUAUACUGGCACAUGUAGAUUUUGUCGAUGCUGCUGUUUUUUGCAAUUGAAGUCUGACUGGUUUAGUAAUUUCGUUUUAUUAUGUUAUAAUAAGCAACUGCUUUAUUGACCCUCUUUGUUCUUUUGGAGAGUUUCAAUAAAGACCCAUUUUAAUGCA